AUCCAAGGCCGUAGCUAGGCAAUGCGUAUGACGUUGCUACCCAAUCCUGAUCCUGUUUCACAUACAUAUUGUACUGCGAGCAUCUCAUUAUCCAUCAAGCAUUUAUCGUCUGUAUUAAAACUCUCUGCCAGCGAGGCGCUUGUUUGGACACUGCGUCAGUUACACACGACAAAAAUGUCCCCUUGCUCCUGAUCCUGGCUGUUGUUUCUUCGGAAGAUCUGAUCACGCAUGGAGGAUAUAAUAAUACUAUAGGUCUGCUUGUUUGCUUCUAAUCUAAAUCUGCCUCGCAUCCAUGAUACCAUUGAUCAUUGACAUCGAAGUUUAAACGAAUAAAGUCUGCGAAGCAUUUCCAUCGAUCCCGGUUAGGUUGAGAUUGCCUUUUUAUCUAUUUAUUUAGAAUCAGAAGGAUGCCAUGUUGUGCAACCAGAGGAUGUUGGACUCUGACCGAUGAUCCGUUCAAAUAGGAAUCAAGAAGAACAUCAUCAUUGCACCAUUGUCCCAGACUGAGAGCUAUAUAAUACUACCACCAUGCCAAGAGGAAAAAUACCCGACGGCUUGGAGAUGGAUAAUCUCCAGCUAAGACCAGGCGAGACAAGCCCACGGUCCCCUCUAACCCCAACAAUCAAGCUCUCAAGACCUCCAAGCAGCAGCAUAGAACGCAAUUCCAGUCUUUCGUACACCUUCGUCAAUGCAAACGAGGGAGCUGAUUUAGUGAAUGGUGGAUUUAUAGAUAAUGAUAAGGUUUCAAGUGAUAUUCAGAAGCAUCAACAGAAUGGAAAUGGAACUUCUGAUGCAGGCAGAGGAGCUAACAGUGCUCCGCCCUUAAACGGCCAUUCCCCCGUUGAGUCCUGGAGUUUGUCCGGGUCACCAGGCAGCAACCACACCAAUGGGGAUGUUCUCAAUAACCACAAAAACAAGAAUGGAGCAUUCUCUAUAUCAAGAUGUCUGAUGCCUCCGAAGAAGAGUUCUAAACCCAAGCGACACAGCCUGCCUUUGCCUGGAUUUGUCGAAAGCAGUAGCCUCAAGUCAUCAGAUGAUGAGGCAGACUUGCCAAAGCGGACCACCCUUAAGAAUGGAGGCAGCACCCACAGCAUGAAUCUGCUCCCCUGCAAUGUGCCGUCUCCAACCAAGAGCAAUGCAUCACCAUGGAAACGAUGGUUCAAGAGGAAGCCCUCCAAUGGCAGCGAGCAGAGCAGUUUCAGCGAUGCAAGCUGGAUGAGCAGUGCUGAAUACGAUGAUGGAGAAAAGAAACCCAAACUGUGGAAUCUUGCUAGGAGCAUCACUAAACGAGUGAGCAAACUCCGGAACAAUGAGGUUGCACCAAUGUCGCAGAACAGCUUAGCCCCUCCCGAACCUGCUCCUGCCACGGCCACAGAAAACAAUCUCAAACCCACCAGUGUUCGUCGACGUCUUGAUUCCUUUGCCCCGAGCAGUAUCGGGGACGUUGCUGAUGAGAUACAUUUCAAGACCAGCCGGUUUGGACUUAUCACCAGCUGCUGGAAGAGAUUCAAGGCCCUGCGGUUCCCAGAAUACUUUGACCCUCUUGGUGGCUGGUGGUUGUGUUGGCUGUGCGUAGUUACCAUGGCAUUCCUCUACAAUGCCAUUGUCAUCUUCCUACGUGGUGCAUUUCAGGAUAUAUACCAGACAAACAAUAACAUAUGGUACUGGGUGACCGUAGACUACCUGUGUGACUUCGUCUACAUCAUAGACAUGCUGCUCUUCAGGGCCCGGCUUAUGUUCUUUCAGGCCGGCCAAGGCAUUACUGACAAACGAUGCAUGCUGACACACUAUACAUCUUCAAGACUUUUCAAGUAUGAUUUAUUUUCCCUGCUGCCCCUUGACCUGUUUUACUUCUCCAUCGGUCGUGUGGAGUCGCUGUUCAGGCUGCCACGUCUUUUCAAGUUUCACUCCUAUCUUGAGUUCUCACAGAAGUUUGAAAACAAGUCAAAAUCAGCCCAUGCUAUCAGGAUAUUCCGUAUGGUCUGUUACCUACUCUACAUGAUUCAUCUUAAUACCUGUCUCUACUACGCUAUCCUGUAUUGGGAAGGGAUACGAACAGAUGACAUCGCCAUGAGGGAGGAUUACUGGGUCUAUCUGGACCCCAAAGUCGAUGUGUAUACAAAAUGUCUAUUCCGGUCAGCAAAGACACUGAUUGUGAUUGGCAAUCUGCCCCCACCCAACACCAACAGCCAGAUCUUCUUCAUGAACAUUGACUUCAUAGUAGGCGUGUUUGUCUUCGCUUCUAUGAUUGGUCAGAUGAGAGACAUUUCAGCCAAAGCUGGAGCCACCAAGGAACAGUUCCGUCGUCAAAUGGAUGACACAAUGAACCUUCUACAGGUGUGGAAUAUCCCUGAAUCGGUUCAGAAGAGAGUCCGCACCUACUACAUCUACUCUUGGGAUCAAGGAGCUGUACUCGAUGAGAGAGACCUCUUACUCGGAGUACCUAUCCGUAUGCAGACUGAUAUAGCCAUAAAUGUUCAUAUGGAUACCCUCAGUCGAGUAUCACUCUUUCAGGACUGUGAUAAGAUGCUUCUGCGUGAUCUUGUUCUCAAACUUCGACCAUUGGUUUACCUUCCUAAUGAAUAUAUCUGCCGAAAGGGAGCAGUAGGGAAAGAGAUGUACAUCAUAGUUGAUGGUAGUGUGCAAGUUCUUGGAGGAGAGAACAACUCCAAGGUGCUUGCUACCCUUCAUCCAGGAAGUGUCUUUGGAGAAAUCAGCCUCCUUAGUGUUGGCGUUGGUAAUCGUCGCACAGCAGAUGUUGCUGCCCCAGGCUUUGCCAAUCUAUUUGUGUUGGACAAGAAGGACUUGCAGGAAGUGGUAGUCAACUACCCAGAUGCCCAAGAAAGUUUGAAGCGAAAAGCUAGGGAGAUCCUGAAACAGAACCAAGCAAAUGAUUCAAAGAGUAAGAAGAGGCGAGGAAAAUCUCUGAUUGCUGAGUCUAUUCUCACUAGGGAUCCAGAAACAACGCCAACAUUCUUCAAUGCCGUACUGCAAAUCGCUCGCAACAAGCGCAUCACCGCCACCAUCCUCAAGGGAUCUUUCAAUAUGAAGAAUGAAGACGAUGACGAUGACUCGAGAUUUGCAUUCUAUUCGUCCAGUGAUAUCUCUACAGAUGAGGAAGCUCCAGUUACUAUCAAGAAGAAGAGAAAACGACCAAGGUUCACCAAGAAAAAAGGCUUAAUCAAAGACGCUCUUAAGCUUGGCAGUCCUGGAGGCGGAGUUAGCUCCUCCUUUGAUGACCGAUCCGACAGUGACUACCCUGAGCCUACAUCGGUCGUGGUUCAUCCCAUCCCCAAGGAGCAGCAGAACAUCACCAGUAACCCUAGCCUCCCCAACCAGAUUCCUGAUGCCUUACCCCUUUCCCUUCCGCACCUUGACCACGCCCUUCCCUCCCCUGGUCUUUCUUCCUCCAUGGUAACCGACAAUGACCCCCUGGAGGAUGACCAGGAUGCCCAUGAUAGUGGGGUGGAUGUACCCCUGGAUGGCAGUGCAGGGGCGCUGACAGGGGGCAGCUUUGACUACCCUGGGGAACCCGAUGGCAUGGCUUUGGAUCCUCCAGGACGACCCAACAAUGAUAACCCGGAGGCUGCACCCAUCAGGAGUGAACCAAAGAUAGAAUUCUCCCAGGAUGAGCAGGAGAAACAAGAGGAUAAUGAAAGCACCACAGGAGCGGGUGAAACUGACCAAAUACAUGCAAGCAAAGUCAGGAAAAGAUCAACCCAAUCUUGUCAGGAAAGUAGACCGACUACACCUACCCCAACCAAGACUGCACCAUCGGAGAAACCCUCUGGACCGCUGAGGCGCCAGUCAUCACCAGCAGCACCGAUGGGAGGCGCACCACUUCAGCAGCAGCCAUGGAUGCAGGGCCCUAGGCAGAUACCGAAAGUGCUGCUUGAGCGCCAGGCAACACCGGCAGCGGAAGUGGAGCAGGCGUGGUCACCGGUACACCGUAGGAGUGAGAAGAAGGAUGAAGAUUGUAAAGUGAAGAUAGAGCAGUCAGGCAGUGAGAAAGAAGAUGAUAAGGAGGAGGAAAUGAAGAAAGGAAUCGGUGAAGAUACAGGAAAGGGCAAACAAGAUGAAAUCAUUGACAUCGAAGAGGAGGAAAAGAAGGGUGGAGAACAUCAAAAAGAUGGAGCAUCUUCCCACAAGGAUGAGGGUUCAUCAGUUGAUCCUACACAAGAUACUAAAGCCAGCGGUGCACAUCCCAAAAAGGUAUCCAAGAGAUCAUCCAGCGAGUCCAGUCAAAAGGCCUUCAAACCCAAUAUCCAGUAUAAUCCUCGAUCAAUCUACACUACAUCAGCACGCACCGACAGACCCAAGUCCAAAUCAGGAAGCAAGACCGGCAAGAGCAAGAAACACAGCAAUGGGGAUAAGCAGAAAAAGGAGUAAUAACUUCUCAGUCUCUACCUGCUCUGAAUUGAGAAAGUCAUAGUCAAUUGUGUAGUCGACCCAAGAUGAGUAUGUCCUCCUAAGACCCGUUGAUGAUCCUUCCUGCAGCCUCAAGGAUACCAGCCAGUAUGCCAGAAACGAUUAUAACCCUGUAAAUGUGCUGUACAAUAUAAAGCAUGAAAAGGUCUGGGCCCCAUCUUACAAAGAGUUGCAACUGAUCCGAUCAAUCACAACUAUGGACGGCCAGCAACGUCAACAUCUAAAAUGUAUGUUUAUUUCAAAUAUUUUCUAGAUACAAUGUACAUGCAUACAUUCAUCCAUCAUUCUCUUGAAAAUUCAGUGUGAUAUUUUUUUGUUUACUAAGGAGAUCGUGCCAAUUUCCUGUAGAAAAAAUGACGGUGUGGAUGGAUUUCCUUAGAGUAUUAAGAUUGAUUGGAUCAAUCGUAACUCUUUGUAAGAUGGGGCCCACUAAUGCGAUGUUGUCAGUGCCUGAAAUAAGGCAUAUGCCUUAAGACUGGCAUCACUGGUCGAAUCAUGCACCGUCCCACACAUCUUCCAGAGAUCAGCUUCUAUUGAAAAUACUCCUGGGGCCCGUUGCAGAAAGAGUUGUGAUCAAACACAACUCAAAAAAUCUUGCGCAACUUGAUUUUUAGCCAAUAAGCACCCGCCCGGUAUUUGGGACUUGCGCUUGAUAUUUUGACUUGCAUUUAAUCGCAACUCUUUCUGCAACAGGCCCCUGGUCUUGCUCUUCUUGCAUUACUAUAAAAAGGAUCCCAUAAGAUCAGUCUGUGCUGUGUCACCUCUUGGCUGUGCUUCAUAAAGGUUGUCCUCAAUGAAAAUUUGUUAUUGUUUCUCUAUUAAGAGUUCUUUUCAGCCUAUCAAAAUCAAGGAAUUCACUGUACCGUUAUUGAUCGACAUAUUGUCAUUGAUAAUAACUUUGUGAAACAGGGUACCGGAUGACAUAGAGCAUGACCUGGGCCCGUCUUACAAAGAGCUAAGAUUGAUCCAAUCAAUCAUGACUCUAUGGAAAUCCAUUGGAGUCAUAUUUUUUUCUACAGGAAAUUUGCAAAAUGUCCUUUGUAAACAAAGACAAACACACCAGAUUGUCAAGAAAACAAUGAAUGUAUAAAUAUACAUCAUAACUAGACAAAAAAAUUUGAACAAACAAGCAUUUUAGAUGUGGACGUUGCUGGCUUUCCAUAUAGGUGAGGUUGAUCAGAUCAAUCGCAAAUCUUUGUAAGACAGGGUCCAGGGAGUCAUAAUACACAGCUUAGCAAUUGAUCUUAAAGUCAACUUCUGAUGAUUGUAAAUAAUAUGAUCAAUGUAAUCAAUCGUAAAAAACAUUUUUAUCUGAUCUGACCACAUCCUGUCAAAAUCUUAAUUCUCUAUCUACAACCCCGGCCCUCCCCCCCCCCCAAAAAAAAAAAACAAUUAACAGUAACUUGUUAUAGCAAAGGGGAAAACUACCCCAAUAGAUGUACUGUUAUGACAGCCAUGUUUUUUUUUCUCUCUCACCAAAACAUUUGAUUAUUUUAUUGAGAUACAAUUUAUCAGCAGAUAUUUGUAAAAUGAAUUUUAACCAUUGUAUUGAGAACAAACAAUUGAUAGGGCAUUUUUAGAUGAAUACAGAUUUUCAAAGUUUAUCAAUAUCACAGCAGAUUUGAUUUAUUAUUUGUGAAUGUUUUAGAAUAUGUAAUCCUCCAAAUAGUUUCAUUGUUGAUUGUGCAAUAUUCAAGACUAAACAUGUGCUAAACAUUUUUGCUAUUAUUUAUACAUUUUAAUCCAAGUUCUAAUUAUAUACAUAGUAUGUUUGAAACAUUAUAAAGGUACUUUGUUUUAUUUUUUUCAAUUUUUUGUGCAAUAAAUACUAGGAGUAGACUUAUAGGGUUUCUUUUACCAUGUCAGCAUUCCAUUCAAAGAAUAUUUAUGAAAUUAGACAAGCACAACAUAAUUAAGUGGAAAUCCUCAAUUUAUUUACUUUUUGGUUGUUUGUAUUUUGUAAAUGCAUGGUGGUGAUAUGCUUAAAUGUUUUUUUUAAGAGAUGAUAUGAUUUGAAGUUAAAAUUAUAUUUACAAGAUACAAAUAUUGUUUAAAAAAUAAGAAAAAACUUGAAAAUGGGAAGUAUGUAAAAUGGCCAUUUUGUUUAAAAAACAUUAUGGUUUCCAAAGAUUAUUUGUGCAUUUUUCAUUUCUUCAUGCAGAGAAAGAUUUUAAUUCCAUUGAAAUAUAAAUUUCUGCCUCUUUAUCAAUAAUUGCAUUGUUUUGAUAUAGAGCCCAAAAUUAAAACAACAUUAAAAGAGUGGGGCAAUUUCUAUUUAAGUUUGAAUUAAUAAGAAUGAGAUUAUUUCAAAGAUAUAUCAUCAGCUUUGUUGCAUUCUUUUGCCAGGUCUCCUCCCAAUGUAAUGGCUCAAUUAUAAAAUGUAUUAUUGUUGAAAAUAAAUUUGUAUAUAUACCGGGUAUGGGGUGAAUGUAUACUACCAUUACUAGUAAUUGGAAUCAAAGGUCAUGGAAUAUUGUGUGCAGAGCUAAUUUGUAGGGAGUUCACAAGAUAUGAAAGUUGUCAAGUUUUAUUUGUUGAUCAUGAUGACUUCAUAAAUUCUUGAAUAUUUUCUCAAAAGUAUUUGAAAUCUAUAGUAUGUAUUUUUGAAAGGAAGAUUGUGUAAUAUUCAUCAGAAAUUGUGUGUUUGAAAAUGAAAUAUACACAAAUGCACCUUGAUUUGGUUUUGUGUCUUGUUAGAUUAAACGAAAUACCAAAUUGGCCUGAAUUCACGAAGGUGGGUAAACUCUAUCCAAUUACUUGUGAAACCCAAUGUUUGAUGUCAUGGAAUAAAUUCGACCCCUUGGCGUUACAGUUUGCAUUUCACUGAGAUGGGUUGAAGAUGUACAUAAUAGCGCAUUUCUGGGAAAAUUCACAUUUAAAAACCCUGGGGUCUUUUUCAUAAAAAUUUAAAAUGGCAGCUCCCAUGGUAAUAGGGCUCAGCAGCCAAUCACUGUUUCCACGGUAGUUACAAAAAUUGCAAAGUUUCACUAGUUUUAAAUCUCUUAUGAAAUGGGUCCAGGUUAUAGUUAACCCACCUUCAAUUUGUCGAAUCAAGCCAUUGUGAGUAGGCACCUUGAAGAUAUAUAUAUGAUGAAAAUUGCUGUUAGUGUAAUUUUUAUACAAAUACUGCAGCGAGAGAUAAUUCAUGAAAAGUUACAGCAUUUUUAUAUAUUUCAUCUCUAUCGUAAAUAGACAUUUGAUGUAUUAAUGCUUUACUUUGUGUAAAAAAAUAUUUAUAUUCUAGUUGGAUAUUCUUGCAUGAACAUGAAUAAAUCCAAUAUAUGAUUGUUGUUCUCUCAAGGGAUUAAAGAACAAAGUAUGAGGAAGAACAACGUAUGAUGUAGGUUUAUAUUGUUAACGAGUGAAAACAAGCAAUGACAGAAGUGUGUAUUUUCUUAUUUGACAUUGUGCAACUUUUAUGUUUGUUUUCAUUUUCCAUUUAUUUUGCUCUGUCUGAUCUUAGAAUCAUACGUUGAACAAAUGCAUUUUGUCUAGUAAUAUUACAGAACUUUAAAUGACAUUGUGAAUUCUUUUCAUGAUUUGCAAUUGUUACAACUUUGUUACCUGUAGAAUGUUGCAAUGGACAUUUCUUGGCCCAUGGUUCAAAUCCUUGUACAAAUCACAUUCAUUGUUUGCCAAGCCAUAGUAUAAAUUUACAACAUGCUAUCUUGGAAGUCGUGUGCAUGACUUCACAUACUAAUUAUGACUCUGAUAUCGAGUGCCAAAGUUCCUGAUGAAAUUUGUUCAUGAAAUGACUGAAUGUGCUAAUGAAUAUAUUAUUUUCAGUGAACUCCUAGACAAUAAAAUAAACAUAUUAUGCAUGACAAGGUUGUGUAAUAUAGUUUUGAAGGUUCAGCAACACUAGGAAUGAUGAUCAUUUGUACAUUUAAAUUAAAGCUACUUUGAUGAUUGAGAAACCAAUUCACAACUCUCAGCCCUUUGAAACACUCCACUGAUGCGGGAUGUCGAUACAAGGGGAGUGUUUCUUGAAAGGAUGUUCUUACGGUGGUUUUCAAGCUAUUCUCUCUCAUCCAAUCUGAUGCAUUGAUUAUAAUAGUAGCUUGACAAUGAGCAGUUUAAAAACAGUGAAAUCUUCUGUCAUGGCUUAUUUGAAAAGUACUUUUGUGCAUUAGCAGUCCUGCUCGUCAUAUUUUAAUAACAAUAUCACCAGGGCCUAUACUUCAUUUUCUAAAUAUUAUGAUCUUUAUCCAGUAAACUUUGCAUUUAUUGUGUGUCAUUUGGAUAUGAUGGGUAUAAAUUCCAUUCAAUCUUAUCACUAUUGAUUGAUUAUAUACAGUAUCUAUUGUUUCAUUGAUCAAUUGAAGCUUUUGCAAAUCAUAUAUUUGUAUCAUUCCAAACAACUUUGUGUGAUAUUAUAAAUGCAUCGUAGUGCAAUAAAGUCACAUAAUAUUCAA